AUGAAAGGUUUAACAUUGCUGGAAGAGAUCGAGUUUUUCGCCAAAGAGAAGGCCUACCCAUGGGCUCUAACAUCUCAGUUAACAGAGGAGAAUACAGUGAAAAUAUGUGAUGUUGGCAUUUGUAAAGAAGUGGAUAUCAUCAGUGGAAUAGACACCGGAACUCAUCUAUACAACGCACCUGAAGUGUUCCGUUCCGAGCUGUAUGAUUUCAAGGCAGACAUCUACAGCUUUGGAAUAAUGCUAUGGGAGAUUUGGUUUGGACGAAGGGCAUUUGCUGAUGUCAAUCUAUCAGACAAGCACGAUUUCUUCAGAUUGGUUGAUGACGGCCAUCGUCCAAAAGAUGUCGAAGACUUCAAGAAACCACCACGUUUCUGGAAAGAGCUCAUGGAAGAAUGCUGGGAUGGAGACCCAGAAAAACGUCCCACAGCUAAGAAAUAUGAGCAAAAAAUAACCGAACUUUCUUAUGAAUGGAGUGGUUAA